AGUUUUAAAAGGCUUUUAAAAGAAACACUCUUAUUCGGACAGGAUGAGAUAUGUUCAUGUUGCUUACAUUAUACUACUGUGUAUAUCAUCAGUAAGAAUAUCAUAUUGUGCUUCAUACAACAAUUCAGUCGAGCUGAUGCAUGAUGUACUUGACGGGUAUGACGCCCGACAACGCCCCGUGUCAGAUCAGAAUAAUCCGAUAGUCGUCACCAUCUCAUUUAAUUUAUUAACAGUUCAAGAAUUUGACGAAGUCGCAGCAAAGUUUUCAACGUAUGGUCUUCUUAUAAUUGGAUGGAGUGAUCAAAUUAUUACCUGGGAUCCCGAAGAUUAUGGAUGGGCAUACUCGGCAUUAUUUAGGUUAUCCGACGUAUGGUAUCCGAAACUGGUUCUCACAAAUCCGUACACAAAGCUGUCUGACCUUGGAGAUGACUGGAUGACAAUUAGGAUAUAUAACUCCGGGUAUACAACAUUUGUACCUGGAGCCGUUUUUGACACUUCUUGCAAUGUUGACGUCACAUUUUACCCGUUUGAUACGCAGGUUAGUUAUAGAUUGGAUUCUACAAGGGUAGAAAGAGUAGGCGGUGGCCAUGGCACGUCCGAUACGUUAAAUAUUAUUUUCAAGAUCAAACGCAAACCAAUGUUUUUAAUUGUAAACGUAGUUCUGCCAAUAGUAUUCAUGGCAAUAAUAAAUAUUUUGGUAUUCUUAUUACCAGCUGAAUCCGGAGAGAGAGUUUCGUAUUCCGUUACAGUGUUGCUAGCUCUAGCUGUCUUCAUGACUCUUGUUGGAGAUAAUCUUCCCAAGACGUCAGAACCGAUGCCGAUCCUAAGCUAUUAUUUGAUGAUUCUUUUGAUCUUGAGCACGCUCAUGACCGUGACAACUAUACUGAAUCUGAGUAUUUAUUUUAAGAAAGGCCAGGUACCAGGUUGCCUAAAAAGUAUAUUCAGAUUCGUGUACUGUUUCCGCUGUAGAUUCGGACGAAAUACUGAUAAAAAUAACAAGGUUUAUCCGAUAGACAAUACGAAUAAGAGGAAAAUUCCAGUCGUUACUACCAUCAACUCGGAUAUAGAAGAACCAGACAUAACAUGGCAAGACAUCAGUACAUGCAUUGAUUGGAUUGCAAUGGCAUUCUUCUUUUUUGGGACCAUUAUUAUCAAUGCAAUUUUCCUAUCGACAAUGGCAAAAAAUAAAGAUAGCGCUUUGAAUAGCUAAUGCUUGAUAAAAAGUGUACGCUUGGGUUGCAUCGAGACGCUGACAGAUGGAACUGUUACAGCGCUUUCUAAAAUCGGCAAUGAUUUUGAUGGCCUUAUUGAACUUAAUAUAUCUUAAAACA